CGUUGGGCCUUUCUUUCAAGCCUUAUCUCAAAAAGCUCGGAAGCCAUGGCUGCCUCUGCGACGUUCCUCACGCUUUCAUCCCUAACCCCUAAAACCCUAUCUUUUUCUAACCCUAAAUUCGAACUUUUCUCGCUCAAUCCAUCUUCCAUUGGCUUUCGGUCGAAUCCGAUUUCCAUAUCCGCUUUGGUUCUUCGUUCUGAUAGGGUUUCUCCGGCGUUCUUCUCACGAUUCGUUAGAAAUGUCGCUGUCUCAUCCGAUUUUGACCAGGAGGAAGAUGUCCUCGACGUCGAUGGAGAUGAUUCCAGCUACGCUCCUGACCUCCAACUCUUCGUCGGAAAUCUUCCUUUCACUAUUGACAGUGCUCAACUCGCCGGUUUAUUCGAAAGCGCCGGACAAGUUGAGAGGGUCGAGGUGAUUUACGACAAGAUGACGGGACGAAGCAGGGGAUUUGGUUUUGUCACUAUGUCGAAUGUUGCAGAGGCUGAAGCAGCUGCUCAACAAUUUAACGGCUAUGAACUCGAGGGUAGACCACUGAGGGUAAAUUAUGGACCCCCUCCACCAAAAAGGGACGAUUCCUCUUUUAGGAGUUCAAAAAAUGCUUCAACGUUUGAUAACUCCAAUUGUGUUCAUGUGAGUAACCUCGCUUGGGGUGUUGAUGAUCUUACACUUGAGAACUUGUUUAGGGAACAAGGAAAUGUUGUGAAGGCAAAAGUAGUUUAUGACCGUGAUAGCGGAAGAUCUAGGGGGUUCGGUUUCGUAACAUAUAGUUCAGCAGAGGAAGUUAACAAUGCCAUUCAGUCCUUGGAUGGAGUUGACUUGAAUGGAAGAUCCAUCCGAGUGACCCAAGCAGAAGCAAGGCUGCCUAGGCGCCAGUUUUGAGUAUCAGAAGAGAUCAACGGUAAUUUAUGCUCAAUCUUGUUUUUCUACAUUUUGUUCUCCGAUAGCGAUAGUAAAUGGUGCCAAGUGAUUUAGCUAUACUUGCUCUGUGAACAGUGGGAUAUUUGAUUUUUACUUUUCAGAUUUUGCAUACAUCUAAGCUCCUAAACUUUAUGACUUCAAAUAUUUGUCGUGUCUCAAACUUACUUUAGGACGAGUGAAGCCUAAGAUUAGCAAGUUAUGUCACGAACAUUACAAAAUUUUGGUUCUUAACGGUUAAAACCGAUAUUUAAUAAAGGGUUUACAAGGAAGGACUUAAUAUCCUACGAAUUACUUUGG